GAGGACCGCUCCGUUUGGGGCGCUCGCCCGAACCUCCUUUGCUUGCGCCGACGGCGAAACGGGCGCUCUCGACCGGCACCCCGCCCGCUCCUUUGGUUCCGAGAACCGAAUCGGCCGUCCGCGCGAUAGCCUCGCGAUCGGGCUCGUUAGCCGCUUGCUGGCUAGCAGCUAACAUUGCUAGCUAUAGCUUCCUCGCUGCCAGUUGGCGGAAGAUGGCGGAGAGCGGCGGCGCUGCCGGCAGCGGCCCGGACCCGGCCAGCCUGCCGCCAGGGGACCCGCAGCUCAUUGCCAUGAUCGUGGAGCACCUGAAGAACCGCGGACUGUUCGACGAGUUCCGCCGAGACUGCCUGGCGGACGUUGACACCAAACCGGCCUACCAGAACCUCCGUCAGAAGGUGGACAACUUUGUGACGUCGCACCUAAGCACUCAGGAGUGGAAGCCGUCCAAUAACAAGAACCAGAUGAGAAACGGACUCCGACACAGCGUGGUCCAGUCGGGCAUGUUGGAGUCGGGGGUGGACCGGAUCAUCACUCAAGUGGUGGACCCCAAAAUGAACCACACCUUUCGGCCGCACAUCGAGACGGCCAUCCACGACUUUCUGUCGGCAGACAAGAAGGACGACGACGCCGGAGCCUCGGAGCAGCCGCAACCCUCCGAGGGACCCAAAACCCCUUAAAAGAGCCCCCCCCAUCCCCCACUCGUAUUCGGUUAUUCUUGCAAGAAUUCGUUGUAAUCCAAACAUGCUAUCAUCGCAGUCAUGGAAUGAGAAGUGAGCCAAAUAAGGCCGAAUUCCACCCGAAUUGCGCUGCGAAAAGAACGUCACGAGUACCCCGGGGAACGUUGGCAGCUCCUCACACUUUAAUUAAAGUUGAGUUAAAUUGCCCUGGUGUAAACUUUGACAUGUUGAAAAGGUGAGCGUUUCACCAUUUCAUCUGUGUUCAUGCAGUCAAUUUUGCAUUUCAGCUCCUUGUGUAAGAAGCGCAGAAACAAAGAGGUGAGCGUUCAACAGGUCAAAGUUCAUCCUGACAUUUGACCUCGAAACCCAAGAUCACAAACUUUUGAAUUGGUGUCGUGUGGUUCUGGAGUUAUUUUAUUUCGGCAGUGUGUGACGUACGACUCGGGAGCGAUCCUUUUCAUUUUGCUUGUCACCUGCACCCCCUGCUGGAGUGGAGUUGAAGUGCGCCUUUUAUUAUAACACUACCUGAUUCUCGUUUUUUUUUAUGCUUCGAUCAAAUGUCCCGUGGUUGUGUAUGUGCGCAUGGAAUGUGUUUCAUUGAGCAUUUUAA